UGGUAAUGCACCUUUAAGAUGGUUUUCAAACCGCCAAUAAACUCUAAAGAAGAAGAAAAAGCAGAAGGAAAAAGAAGUCCUGCAAAACUCCUCUGUUCAGUUUUUGUAUACACCUUCCCAUCCCGGUGGGUGGAAUACGUGUUUAGGGAGUCCCAAUAGCAGAGUCCCUUUGUUGUGUUGAGAAAGUGUGAAUCCAUCAGAGCCUCUGUAUGUCUGGAUAAACCGGUCUGAAUGGACUUCGUGUUGUUUUAACUUUUUUCUGAACGUUUUACUUCGGACUCAUCUUUCCGGACCGGUAACGUUAGGUUAGCUACAAAGCUAUCGAAGUUAGCGUAGCAUGCUAGCUGGUUAGCAGAACAGAGCUAGCCUGUUUUUGACCGAGUUUGUGUGGACAAAAAGUUUCUGUCAUUGUGUGAAGAUGUCUAAAGUGCAAAUGCUGAGAGCGUUGGUGAAGCAGCGACUAACCGCGGCUGCUGAAGAGAUAUUUGGGCUGUUUGAAAGAACGAUAGCAGAGUACGAGGAGGAACGGUGUCGGUCAAAAGAGGAGAACGAGCGACAACGGAAACUUCUGGACGCUGUUUUCAACCCUCAGCUUCGGUUACACAGGACAGAUGUCCAGCAGCUGUCGGUGAGUAAAGAAGAGGUUCCCCCUGAGCAGCGGGAGUGGAGCCCCAGUCUGGACCAGCAGCACCCAGAGGCCCCACACAUUAAAGAGGAACAGGAGGAACUCUGGAUCAGUCAGGAGAGAGAGCAGCGUCAAGGGCUGGAGGAGGCUGAUAUCACCAAGUUCCCAUUCACUCCUGUCCCUGUGAAGAGUGAAGAUGAUGAAGAGAAACCUCAGCCCUCACAGCUUCAUCAAAGACAGGACUGUGGAGGACCAGAACCAGCCAGGAACUCAGAUCCAGAUAUAGAUUUACAUAUAAAUACUGAAGACCAGACUGGAGACUCUUCUGAACCUGAGACUGAUGACAGUUAUGAGUGGAAAGAGACCGGAGAAGCUCAGUCAGGUUUAAACUCUUUGGAAAAUGAUGAUGAUGAUGAUGAUUUUGUCAGUGAUUCAAGCUGUAGUACUGAUGAGAAAACAUUAAGCUGCUCUGAUUGUGGGAAAAGAUUUGAAUGCAAGGCAUGGCUGAAGCAACACAUGAGAACUCAUACCGGAGAAAAACCUUUCAGCUGCUCAGUUUGUAAGAAAUCUUUUGCAAAGAGUGGAAAUUUACGGGCACACAUGAGAACCCACACAGGAGAGAAACGAUUAAGCUGCUCCGUGUGUCAGAAGAAGUUUAGCCACAACACACAUCUAAAGAACCACAUGAGAUCUCAUACAGGAGAGAAACCUUUCAGCUGCUCAGUUUGUAAGAUAUCUUUUACACGGAAAGAUAGUUUACAGAAACACAUGAGAACCCACACAGGAGAGAAGCCCUUCCCUUGCUCCGUUUGUAAAAAAUCUUUUGCACAGAGUUAUACUUUACAGGUACACAUGAGAAUCCACACAGGAGAAAAACCUUUCAGCUGCUCAGUUUGUAAGGAACUUUUUGCACACAAAAUAAAUUUACAUGUACACAUGAGAACCCACACAGGAGAGAAACCGUUGGAGGACCAGAGCCAGACAGGAACUUAGAACCACAUAGACAUCCAGAACCAGAUACUGAUGACAAGACUGGAGACUCUUCUGAACCUGAGACUGAUAGACAGUGAUUAUUGUCUGUGAAUGACAAUCAUUUCUGGCUAAGUGUUGUUAAAGACUUAAACAAAAGAUGAACUAGUCAGUCACAUGACAUGUCAGAUAUCAGAACUAUGUUUUUGACAGCAGCGGCAGUAAAACCGCUGGUUCAGAUGAAAGUUUCAGUGGUGAUGAAAGUCUGGAUUAAAAUAACGUAGAAACGGUUCUGGACAUGUUUGACAUGAGAACUCAUUACAGAAAGCAGUCCUCUCUCCUCAAGACCCUAGCCAGGUUCCUGAGUCUUGCUUGCUACCUGCUGGUUAAAGAAAGGGAAGGGGGUUAGCCCCCGGAGAUAGCAACAACUUCAGCUGGUGGGCUGGCUUUAAGGUGGACCAGCUAUUCUCAUUCUAGUGACAAGCCGCUCCUUCAAAUUUUGCUUUAAUGAUCUUUCACCACCAACGAGGCUACAAGCUGAAAACAGUGGACCAAAACUAACACUGCUAGAUGCUAGUGUUUUUAAUGGUGGCCCUGUAACUUGUUUAGAGGAAACCAGUAAGGUAAAUGUACAGGCUUUUCCAAAUGUGCAUAGUUACUUCGUAAUCAACUAGAAAUUAAUCAGUAAUUGCUUUGUGCAACUAAGCAGCUCAUUCAAAACUAAGGAAGAGGUCAGUAUGUACUGUAGAGUCACAUCUCUCUUAACAUUAACAGUCAUUUGACAGUAAAGUCACUUGGGGGCGCUGUUGUCCUAUUUGUAUAAAACAAUGAUGGUAAAGGG